CUUAAAACUCACCAUCGUUGUAUAUCGGCCAUUCCUCCUCAUGAUGGCGAGAUUAGAUAUGACCAUGGUUUCCUUCGAUUUUUUGGUAUCACUCAAGAUCCACAAACAAAUGAUUACAUUAUGGUUACUGAACUAGCUCCAUAUAAGGAUAUUCGUAACUUAUUACGUCAAAAUUUCACCGAUUUAGAUUGGUGCGAUAAAUUAUAUUGGCUUCGUAAUAUCGCUGGUAAUCUUGUAACAAUUCAUAAUGCUGGCUACACACAUCGUGAUCUACAUCCUGGAAACAUUCUAAUGGGUCAAAUUCAAGAUGGUUUAACGAUGUUUGAUCAUUGGUGGAAAAUUACUCAAGAUCCUGAAAUUUUGGAUGAUACAUUUAGUGCGGCUGAUAAAUUCAUACCGAGUUUAGACAUCUCUUUCACUCCACAUCCUGAAGCAUCGUAUAAAAGUAGAUUACUUAAAUUUGGUGUUUUCGAUUAG